UGCGUGUCUCCUUCUCUGGUAGUUGUCUGUUGUGAUGAAGUCCGCCAUUGAAACCAAGCUUUCACCAACUCCGGCUGCAAGCUUGACUAUUAGUGGGGUGAACUCUUGACGAAAAACCCUAGAGCAGAGCUUCUCGAUCCCAAACUCCGGCUGCCAACCCCACCGCCGGCCGCCGCCGCCGCCACCACCACUAUUUCCGAUGGGCACGCUGGCGUUCCCGAAUCUCGGAAGCCAUUGCUGCGUCGAUGACUGCAGCCUUAAUGAUUUCCUCCCUUUCAACUGCGAUCGAUGCAAUCAGGUAUUCUGUCUGCAACACAAAAGCUACACAAAACAUGUAUGUCCGGUCAUCAAUCAGAUCGAUGUCACCGUCCUCAUAUGUCCCCUCUGCGCGCAAUGGGUUCGUCUUCUUCCCAACGAAGACCCAAACAUGACCUGGGACAUUCACGUAAACUGUGAUUGCGACCCAUCAAAUUACCAGCCCACAACAAAGAAGAAACUCUGUCCCGUCCCUGGCUGCAAUGAAUCCCUGGUUUUCUCCAACACAAUUCGAUGCAAAGACUGCACGCUGGAACACUGUCUCCGCCAUAAAUUUGCUCUUCACCACAACUGUUCCGGGCCAAAGAAACCCGAAACUCGCUUCCCCUUCAUCGGCGUUCUGAGGAGAAGCCUCCAACGCGAGUUCCCGCCGAUUAAAUCUUCAAACGGCUCCUUGAAAUGGGCUUUCAGUUUGAAAAACUCGGCGCGGAGUUUACGGGAUUCAGCUGAAGCAGGGAUGCAGAAGCUGAGCGCUGCCACGAAUCAAGCUCUGAAAAAGGCGAAAUGUGGAAUGAUGCUGAGUUUUGGUGCUGGUGGGGAGGUUAUGGAACAGUGCCUUCAAUGUCAGGCGAGUUUUUCUGAUGUUAAUGAUUUGAUAAAUCAUGUGGAGAAGUUGCAUGAAAAUGGUGUGCAGGGAGGUUGUGAUUUAGUGACAGUUGAUGUUUGUCCUCUGUGCGACAAAACAUUUAGGGAUCCUGUGUUGCUGGUUGAUCAUGUUGAGAACCAUGUGAAGUCUGCAAGCUGAGCUAUGUUGGUGCGGCCAUCUGAGAUUUGAACCAGCUCAAGGCUUUAGCAGAGCUGAUUAUUUUAGUUUCUGUAAAAUGCCAUUAUUAUAAUUUUUAUUAUUAUUUUUUUUUUGCAUCAGAGUGUUUUCUGCAAAAGGGUGUAGUUUUGUUUUCCAUCCCCA